CUUCAUAGUAACGGGUGAUGUGAACGGACACAUUAAAUUCUACAGCGGGAGGCUGCAGCUCCUCAUCUGCUACAGCCACAGCAAAGUGGGUUCCAUUCGGUCCAUCUCCUUCUGCAAAACCCCCCCUAGUCCUGCCGGUGCCUCCUCAGCCCAUUCCACCCCCUGCACUGCCGGCAGCCAGCCCUUCGCCACCAGGAACUUUAUCCUUUCAACCUCUGAUGCAACCGUGUUCCACGUUGCAACAGACGGGAUAAACUUUGAAAAAGUCAUGGAAGAGGCAAAGAAAGCCGUGGAUGCCAUCGCCUGUCACCCCCGGCAGGCACGCUUGGCCGUGGGGAGUCACUGUGGGCUGCUGAAGGUGUGGGACUACGAGCAGAGAGAGUACCUGGUCAGCAGGAUAUUCCCUGAGGCCAGCAUCCAGUGCUUGUCCUAUGACCCUGAAGGUCAUUUUCUGGCCGCUGGUUUCACCGAUGGAAGCGUUUACAUCCUUGAUGCCAUUUCCCUUCAGUCCUUCUGCAAAGAGUUCAAGUUCUCGCAAGGUCCCGUGACUCACAUGAGCUUCUCUCAGGAUUCCGAGUACUUCGCAACUGCUGAUGAGACGUACACGGUGACUGUUUACAGGAGAGUCCUGCAAAACGGGAGCAGAUGCUGGGAACGUUUCGCGGAGCUGUGCUCCCACUACAAACCCAUCCGCAGCAUCCUCUUUGGGGUCCAGUUAGACAGCAACGAGCCCAGGCUCCUGAGCCUUGGGGAGGACCGGCUGCUGAUUGAAUAUGACCUGAACAUCAGCAGCAAGGGCCACUUGGAGGUCUUGCACAGGGACCGGAUAGAGCAGGCUGCUGUGCCCCUGUGCUUGGCCUGGUACCCACAGCUCAGCAACGAGUCCUUUAUCCUCACAGCCAACAACUGCUACAAAAUGAAGCUCUACAACACGACAACCAAAAUGUGCAGAAAGACCCUUUUGGGACCAACCUACGGCUCCCCAUUGGAGAAGAUCCAAAUCCUCCCAACAACAAACACUGCAGACCCCCAGAAACGCUACCUGGCGUACAUAACAAAGGACAAGGUGGGCUUGCAGAUUUUGCCUGUCGAUGGCAACCAGCACAAGUCCUCAGCUUUCAUCUGCCACCCGGAUGGUGUCUCUGACCUUGCUACCUCUUAUGAUGGACGCUACAUCUUUACAGUGGGGGGAAACGACUGCACUCUAAUGAAAUGGGAGAUCAACCUAAAUGCAUUGGAUGCUGCUGUUUCCCUGGGUGGGGAGGACAUGAUCCCAUUCUACAACCUACUGGAAGGCGGCAGAGAAGGCGAAUUCUUCCGGGAGCUGGAAGACUAUUUUUACUAUGCACAGCUGCGCAGCCAGGGUAUCGAUACACUGGAGACCAGGCAGGUGUCAACACAUAUUCCCUUGGAGGAAAUUCCUUCUGUAAUGAGAGCAAUGGGAUUUUAUCCAUCAGAGGAAGAGAUUGAAGAAAUGCUAAAUGAAGUAAAAUUCAGCAACUAUGUGGAUACUGAAGAACAAGUGACGAAAAUCAAUUUAGAGGAUUUUAUCAAACUUUACGUAAAUCAUCGACCCGCUUUUGGCUUGUCAAUGAACAAAAUACAACGAGCAUUUCAGGUUCUUGGUUAUGAUAAUGAGAAUGGAGACAAAGUUAUUGACAGAGGAGACUUAUUGUGGCUGCUUCAGUGUAGAGGAGAGCAUAUGACAGAGGAUGAGCUGGCGCUGUGUCUGACCACCCUGCUGGGCAGGCGUCCUGGGGGAGAAGGAUCUGACUCGGACACCUCAGGUGAAGCAGCUUUGACUGAGGAAGAAAUUCCAGCAGAAAUCACAGCAGAGAUAUUUGCUGGUGACAUUCUUGGCUUACCUGUUGCUGAACCAGAAAAAAACAACAGGAAAAAAGAGAGAUGA